UUUGUUGCUGUGUUCCGGGGUCUAUAUCCCAACUUGGAAACAGGCGCUCGGCGAGAGCUACUGUGAAUUUGGUGUUGUUGUGGCACCAAAGCCUCAGAAAGACUAUCGUUUAUGUGAUUUAUGAGAUGUCGCGUGACAGAAACGCGCGUGGUCGUCGUCGGUAAAGUCAGAGCGCUGGACAAUGCUAACCGGUUAGCGCAAGGUGGUUGCUAGCUGGCUAAGGAAGUUAGCCAGUUAGCUAGCAAUCCGCCUGCCGGAGGCUGUUCUCUUGUUUCGCGCAUUUCAAGUCUGUUAACCGCCCUCACCAACUGUUUAACCUGUUCCCCAUCGAGAGCGUUAAGCCGGAGUUUCGCCAAUGACAGAUAUAAAAGAGGAGAAACUUUACAAAUCGUUGUGUAAAAUGGGGAGUAGGCGGUGUUUCUCCUGAGCGGCUGAUUUUCUGCCACUGCUGCUCUUUUGUUUUCACAAAGGAAGAGGAGCCGCAUUUCUUUAUCAUUUUACACCACCUCGCAUUUGGUGGUGGGAGAGUUUCUUUGAUCUUUCUCUUAUUUUUUUCACUGUUGUAAUGGCUCCUCACAAGCAGAGCCAUCCGGUGGGCUUGGGCUCUGGAGGUAAACCCAAUGGGUUGUACCACCACCAGCCGUCCUCCGCCUCGAUGGCUGCAGCCAAGAAGCCCAACAUGCAACUUAUUCAAGCCGACCACGAGUUGUUCCUGCAGGCCUUCGAGAAACCAACCCAAAUCUACAGGUUUCUCCGCACAAGAAACUUGAUAGCUAAACAAUCAGAUGAUCUCCUGAAAAAUUACAAGGUUGACAAUCUUCUGUUCAAAGUGGAAAAGAUGAGAGGGGAGCAGGAGACUCACAGCUUGGCCUCCAAUCUUCAGCUCACCUUUACUGGCUUCUUCCAUAAAGCUGGAAAACUCUCUCAGGACAGCGAGAACGAGCAGAACUCGGUGUCUCUGGAGGUGCUCCUGGUCAAAGUCUGCCACAAGAAGAGGAAGGACGUGAGUUGUCCGGUGAAGCAGGUCCCCACGGGAAAGAAGCAAGUCCCUCUGAACCCAGACACGAGCGCCGGGGUCCAGGCCAAGCUGAGCUCCUACCCCUCCCUGCUGGUUCCCAGCAGCGAGUUUGAACCCAGCAACUCUCACAUGGUCAAAUCUUAUUCGCUGCUCUUCAGAGUGUCACGACCCGGGCAUCCACGAACACAGAUCAACGGGCUGGCUAAUGGCGAGAUUCACCACAGCAGAGACUUUUCAGAAGAAGCUGUGAACAGGAAAAGGAGGAGCUCUGCUCUCAGGGAGGAGGGAGAAACCACAUUUGUAGCUCAGAUGACAGUCUUUGAUAAAAACAGGCGUCUGCAGUUAUUGGACGGCGAGUACGAGGUGUCCAUGCAAGAGAUGGAGGAGUGUCCCGUCGGUAAGAAGAGGGCGACCUGGGAGACCAUCCUAGAUGGAAAGCGUUUGCCUCCGUUUGAGAGUUUCUCUCAGGGUCCGACUCUGCAGUUCACACUGCGCUGGACCAGCGACUCCGCCGAUCAUUCCACCGCACCCGUGGCCAAACCGCUCGCCACCCGCAACUCCGAAACCAACCAGGACACCCGACCCAGCACCCUGAGAGCCACGCACGCACCAACUGUGAAAGAGUCGGUAAAUACAGAUGUUCAAACCAGAAGAGAACAAGUCUUAUCUGAGCCUCGACAGAAACUACGAAUCUUCUACCAGUUUCAAUACAACAACAACACACGGCAGCAGACCGAGGCCAGGGAUGACCUCCACUGUCCGUGGUGCACGCUGAACUGCAGGAAGCUGUACAGUCUCGUCAAACACCUCAAACUGUCCCACUCCCGCUUCAUCUUCAACUACGUGCCCCAUCCCAAAGGAGCAAAGAUCGAGGUUUCUAUCAACGAGUGUUACGAUGGGUCGUACGCAGGAAAUCCUCAGGACAUCCACAGCCAGCCGGGCUUCGCCUUCAGCAGGAACGGCCCCGUGAAGAGAACUGCCGUCACCCACUUUCUGGUCUGCAGACCCAAGAGGACAAAGCCGAGCCUGUCGGAGUUUCUGGAGUCUGAGGAUGGCGAUCGGGAGGCGCAGAGGACGUACAUCAGUGGACACAAUCGCCUGUACUUCCACAGCGACAGCUGUCUGCCGCUGAGGCCCCAGGAGAUGGAAGUGGACAGCGAGGACGAGAGGGACCCCGACUGGCUCAAAGAGAAGACUGUAAAGCAAAUCGAGGACUUCAUGGACGUGAACGAGGGGGAGAAGGAGAUCAUGAAGCUGUGGAAUCUGCACGUCAUGAAGCAUGGCUUCAUCGCAGAUAACCAGAUGAACGAAGCGUGUCUGCUGUUUGCUGAACACCACGCCGCCGUCAUCGUCAAACGCAACCUGUGUCGCAAUUUCCUGCUCCAUCUGAUCAGCAUGCACGACUUCAACCUGAUCAGCACGCUGACCAUCAACCAGGCCAUGGCCCGGCUCUGCCUCGUCCAGAGCCGGGCCACCCACAGAGACAAAGAGGAGGACGACGAAGAGGAGGAGGAGGACUGGGAGACGGCCGCGGAGUCCCAGCCGGAGCCGGAUCCCGACCCCGAUCCCGAUCCGACGGAGUUUAAAACCUGCAGUAACGAGACCGCCAACAGCUCCCUGGAGACUGGAAACCAACUGGUGGAGGACGGCGGCGAGAAGCCGCACGCCAAGCAGAAAUUGUCCGGCUUCGGCUCGGUUUUAAAGUGACUGCUCGGCUGGAGUGCCACGAAGAUUCCCGAACAGAGCGGGAAGACUGAGGCCUGAGGCCGGAAUCAAACAGGUGUUAAACACACACACGGGUUACUGCAGGGAUUCUCAAAGGCAGGUUACACCAGGAUCAACAUGAACUUCACAUCCUGGAAGUUACACAUUCAAAUCGAAGACACGCUUUAUGGUUUCACGGUUCAUCGACGCUGAGAACUUUGAUUAUUUUUUAAUUAUUUUCAUGUUUUUUCCAUGUUGUUUGUCUGUUUCUGUAAAUGUCUGAGUGUUUAACUCUGAGGUGCUCCAGUUUUAUUUCCAGCCCGACAGCUGUGGAGUGAGCACAAAGCAGGUUCGGUCUUAGGGCCGGAGGUGCAGAAGACGGUCGUACGCCUUCUGCAGAUGACGCGUUGCCUUCGAAAGAGGCGUCAACAUUUCACGCAGCAGCUGCGAAUUCAAACAGGAGGAGAUGGUCCGUCUGCUCGGGACCGUUUUCAGCAGCGGAGUGAUCCGUAUUUGGUGCUCUCUUUGGUGCUACUUUGCCUCUCGAGACUCUUCGUUGGUGCUCUGAGUCGUUUUGUGUUCACUCCAUCGUUCAAACCUCACGUCAGUCUUCCUCAGAGUGAAGCAUCAAUCAGUGACCUUCCGGGCACCCUCAGCUCCACCAAAGCUUUUCUUUUAGCAGGGAGUGUGUGCACAUGCUCAGUAGUGUCACGGUUACGGCGUCUGAUUGGGUGUCAAGAGUGUUGCUGCAAAAGGAAGUUUGACCAGUUAUUAUCAAGAAAGGUCAGGUUGAACCGCUGAUGGUCGGAAGGUGGCUGAUCACAACUCGAGACGCCUGUUAGAGCCGUUGCUAUCAGGUGAUUUUACCUGGAGACGCCACAUAGUUCGUAUUAACUGUUAACGAGACUCUCUGCACUUGUGUCAGUCUUUUUUCUCUCCCCCAUAUGUAUUGUUGUUGAGCCCCGCUCAUGUGAAAAUCAUGUUCAUAAUAAUUCUGCGAGUCAGAAUAUGAAGAAAAUAUAUUUUUGCUCAUACUGUGGAGCAUUACCUUUCACUGUCCGUGCAGCGAGCUCGAGGGAUCGCGUAAGAUCGAGGAUGUUUCCCGUGUGAUUCAGCUGCUUGUUAGCUCAAACACAGCGAGACAAAAGUCUCCGAGCUUUCUUUGAUCGGGUUAAUCAGGAAGUUAAUCCUCAGGUUUGGUUCAUUUUUGGCAUCCAGUGAUCAUGAAAACAAGAUAUUAAAUAAAUGGUUAGUUUUUGCUGCAAUGCUCUCGUUUUGUAUCGUUAAAGAUAAAGUGAAGACUUUUUUCCUUUGCAGGCGUUUUUCUCUCUUUUGCUGCUUUAGUUCAGCUCGAGCCGCGACGAUGAAAACUGACUCCUGCCAACGAGUUUUAUCUGGAAGUAAAAGGUUUCCGCUGGAUCGUUAAAGGUUCCAGCUUCCUGUGUCGGAUCUGAGGGUUUAUUGAACCUGUGACUCUGCUGUACUCGUGGGCACACCUCCCCUACA